CUCUUCCAGGUGAACUAUGACCACUUUACUCUUGGUGUUUGUGACUCUGAGGGUCAUCACAGCGGCCAUCUCAGUAGAAGUUUCAGAACCUGACAACUCACUGAGUGUCAGCAUCCCGGAACCGUCCCCGCUGCGGGUCCUCCUGGGGAGCACCCUCACCAUCCCCUGCUAUUUCAUUGACCCCAUGCACCCGGUGACCACCGCCCCCUCCACCGCCCCCCUCACCCCAAGAAUCAAGUGGAGCCGCAUUUCCAAGGAGAAGGAAGUGGUGCUGCUGGUCGCCACUGAAGGGCAGGUGCGGGUCAGCAGUGCCUACCAAGACAAGGUUUCGCUGCCCAACUACCCGGCCAUCCCCAGCGACGCCACCUUGGAAGUCCAAAGCCUGCGUUCUAAUGACUCUGGGGUCUAUCGCUGCGAGGUGAUGCACGGCAUCGAGGACAGCCAGGCCACCCUGGAGGUCGUGGUGAAAGGCAUUGUGUUCCAUUACAGAGCCAUCUCGACGCGCUACACCCUGGACUUCGACAGGGCACAGCGGGCCUGUCUGCAGAACAGUGCCAUCAUCGCCACGCCCGAGCAGCUGCAGGCCGCCUACGAGGAUGGCUUCCACCAGUGUGACGCCGGCUGGCUGGCCGACCAGACUGUCAGGUACCCCAUCCACAUGCCAAGGGAAGGCUGCUACGGGGACAAGGAUGAGUUUCCUGGCGUGAGAACCUAUGGCAUACGGGACACCAACGAGACCUAUGACGUGUACUGCUUUGCGGAGGAGAUGGAGGGUGAAGUCUUUUAUGCAACAUCUCCAGAAAAGUUCACCUUCCAAGAAGCAGCCACUGAGUGCCGGCGGCUGGGCGCCCGGCUGGCCACCACGGGCCAGCUUUACCUGGCCUGGCAGGCGGGCAUGGACAUGUGCAGCGCCGGCUGGCUGGCCGACCGCAGCGUGCGCUACCCCAUCUCCAAGGCCCGGCCCAACUGCGGGGGCAACCUCCUGGGUGUGAGGACCGUCUACCUCCACGCCAACCAAACGGGCUACCCCGACCCCUCAUCCCGCUACGACGCCAUCUGCUACACAGGUGAAGAUUUUGUGGACAUCCCAGAAAACUUCUUCGGGGUGGGUGGUGAGGAAGACAUCACCAUUCAGACAGUGACCUGGCCUGAUGUGGAGUGGCCUCUGCCCCGAAACAUCACCGAGGGUGAAGCCCGAGGCAAUGUGAUCCUCACGGCGAAACCCAUCUUUGACGUCUCCCCCACUGUCCUGGAGCCCGAAGAGCCCUUCACAUUGGGCCCUGACGUAGAGGCCAGCGCCUUCCCUGAGGCCACCAGGCCUUGGGGCCUGCCUGAGGUGUCCACACCUGCCCUGGGCUUCACUGCCUUCACCAGCGAGGACCUGGUCGUGCAGGUGACUGCGGUCCCGGGGGCCCCUGGGGCCCCUGGGCAGCCACAACUGCCAGGGGUGGUGUUCCACUACCGUCCCGGCUCUGCCCGGUACUCACUGACCUUCGAGGAGGCGCAGCAGGCCUGCCUGCGCACCGGGGCAGUCAUCGCCUCUCCCGCACAGCUCCAGGCCGCCUAUGAAGCAGGCUAUGAACAGUGUGACGCCGGCUGGCUGCAGGACCAGACCGUCAGAUACCCCAUUGUGAGCCCACGGACCCCAUGUGUGGGCAACAAGGACAGCAGCCCCGGGGUCAGGAGCUACGGCGUGCGGCCACCGUCAGAAACCUAUGAUGUCUACUGCUAUGUGGACAAGCUCGAGGGGGAGGUGUUCUUUGCCACACGACCGGAGCAGUUCACCUUCCAGGAAGCCCAGGAGUUCUGUGAAUCCCAGAACGCCACACUGGCCUCCACGGGUCAGCUCUACGCCGCCUGGAGCCGAGGCUUGGACAAGUGCUAUGCCGGCUGGCUGUCGGACGGCAGCCUCCGCUACCCUAUCGUCACCCCAAGGCCCUCCUGUGGUGGGGACAAGCCAGGCGUGAGAACCGUCUACCUCUACCCCAACCAGACAGGCCUCCUGGACCCACUGUCCCGGCACCAUGCCUUCUGCUUCAAAGGUGUCUCAGCCGUGCACCUCCCAGGAGAAGAGGAGGCUGCCGCACCCACACCGCCUGCUGAUGUGGAGGAGUGGAUGGCUACACAAGUGGGGCCUGGCGUGGCUGCUGUGCCCUUGGGGGAGGAGACCACUGCAAUCCCGGGCUUCACUGCUGAGCCAGAAAACCAGACGGAAUGGGAACCAGCCUUCACCCCGGCCGGCGCCUCCCCCCUGCCAGGAAUCCCCCCUGCAUGGCCUCCCACUAGUGCAGCACCAGAGGAGAGCACAGAAGGGCCCUUGGCAACGCAAGGCCCCUCGGCCUCAGAGGAGCCGUUCACGCCUUCACCCCCAGUGCCCAGCGGGACUGAGCUGCCAGGCUCUGGGGAGCCAUCCGGCGUCCCCGAAGUCAGCGGUGGCUUCACAGGCAGUGGAGAACCUUCAGGACGCCUGGACUCCAGUGGGCGGCCCUCAGAGGGUGAAGAUACAAUUACGUGGACCAGCACUCCCCAGGUUGGAGGUGAGGGCCCAGAGGGCUCUGUUUCUGGAGUUGAGGACCUCAGUGGGUUGCCUUCUGGGGAAGAGGUUCACCCUGAGACCUCUGCCUCCGGAGUUGAGGACCUCAGUGGACUUCCUUCUGGGGAAGAGGUUCACCCUGAGACCUCUGCCUCUGGAGUUGAGGACCUCGGUGGACUCCCUUCUGGAGAAGAGGUUCACCCUGAGACCUCUGCCUCUGGAGUUGAGGACCUCAGUGGACUUCCUUCUGGGGAAGAGGUUCACCCUGAGACCUCUGCCUCCGGAGUUGAGGACAUCAGUGGACUCCCUUCUGGAGAAGAGGUUCACCUAGAGACCUCUGCCUCUGGAGUUGAGGACCUCGGUGGACUCCCUUCUGGAGAAGAGGUUCACCUGGAGACCUCUGCCUCUGGAGUUGAGGACCUCAGCGGACUUCCUUCUGGGGAAGAGGUUCACCCUGAGAUCUCUGCCUCCGGAGUUGAGGACCUCAGUGGACUUCCUUCUGGGGAAGAGGCUCACCCUGAGAUCUCUGCCUCCGGAGUUGAGGACCUCAGCGGACUUCCUUCUGGGGAAGAGGUUCACCCUGAGAUCUCUGCCUCCGGAGUUGAGGACCUCAGUGGACUUCCUUCUGGGGAAGAGGUUCACCCUGAGAUCUCUGCCUCCGGAGUUGAGGACCUCAGCGGACUUCCUUCUGGGGAAGAGGCUCACCCUGAGAUCUCUGCCUCCGGAGUUGAGGACCUCAGCGGACUUCCUUCUGGGGAAGAGGUUCACCUGGAGACCUCUGCCUCCGGAGUUGAGGACCUCAGCGGACUUCCUUCUGGAGUAGAGGGUUAUCCAGAGACUUCUGCCUCUGGAUUAGAAGACAUCAGUGGACUUCCUUCUGGGGAAGAGCUUCAUCCGGAGACUUCUGCUUCUGGAGUAGGGGGCAUCAGCGAACUUCCUUCUGGAGAAGAAGGUCUAGAGACCUCCACUUCUGGAGCUGAGGAUCUCAGUGGGCUCACUUCUGGAGCCUUGGACCUUGGCAGAGUGCCUUCUGGAACUCUAGCAAGUGGGCAGGCUCCAGAAGCAAGUGGCCUUCCUUCUGGGUUUAGUGGUGAGUAUUCUGGGGUGGACCUUGGAAGUGGCCCAUCCUCUGGCCUGCCUGACUUUAGUGGACUUCCGUCUGGCUUCCCAACUGUCUCCCUAGUGGAUAGUACAUUGGUGGAAGUGGUCACAGCCACCACUGCAGGUGAACUAGAAGGGAGGGGAACCAUUGGCAUCAGCAGUGCUGAAGAAACCUCUGGGCUGCCCUUCCAUGAGCUGGACAUUAGUGGGGGAGCUAGUGGACUCCCUUCAGGAGCUGAACUCGGUGGCCAAGCAUCUGGGGCUCCUGACAUCAGUGGGGGAAUAUCUGGAUUCUUUGAGGUUAGUGGACAGCCAUCAGGAUUCUCUGGGGAAACAUCUGGAGUAACCGAGCUUAGCGGACUAUCCUCUGGACAACCAGAUGUCAGUGGGGAAGCUUCUGGAGUUCUUUUUGGCAGUGGUCAACCAUUUGGCAUAACCACCAACCUGAGUGGAGAAACAUCCGGGGUCCCUGAUCUCAGUGGGCAACCGUCAGGACUGCCUGGGUUCAGUGGGACAACAUCUGGAAUCCCCGACCUGGUUUCCAGGGCUGUGAGUGGCAGUGGUGAAUAUUCUGGCAUUACAUUCGUGGAUACCAGUUUGGUCGAAGUGGCCCCGACUAUAUUUAAGGAAGAAGAAGGUUUAGGGUCCGUGGAACUCAGCGGCCUCCCUUCAGGGGAGGCAGAUCUCUCAGGCACAUCUGGGACAGUGGCUGUCAGUGGACAAUCUUCUGGAGCAAUUGACUCCAGUGGCUUUACACCUCAGCCUCCAGAAUUCAGUGGCCUGCCACGUAGAGUGACUGAGGUCAGUGGAGAGGCCUCUGGAGCUGAGACUGGGAGCAGCCUGCCCUCGGGAGCAUACGAUGGCAGUGGACUUCCGUCUGGUUUCCCCACUGUCUCUCUUUCGGACAGGACUUUGGUGGGACCUAUAACCCAGGCUCCAACAGCCCAAGAAGGAGGAGGAGGGUCUUCGGGCGUUUUGGAACUCAGCGGUGCCCAUUCUGGAGUGCCAGACAUGUCUGGAGACCAUUCGGGAAUUUUGGACCUAAGUGGGCAGCAGUCCGGGAUGGUAGAACCCAGUGGAGAGCCAUCAAGUACUCCUUAUUUUAGUGGGGACUUUCCUGGCACCGUUGAUGUGAGUGGGGAAUCGUCUGCAGCCACGAGCACCAGUGGGGAGGCUUCAGGACUUCCGGAAGUCACGCUGAUCACUUCUGAGUUCGUGGAGGGUGUUACUGAACCAACUGUUUUCCAGGAACUUGGCCAAAGACCCCCUGUGACACAUACCCCCCAGAUUUUUGAGUCCAGUGGAGAAGCCUCUACGUCUGGGGAAAUUAGUGGAGCUACCCCAAGGUUCCCUGGGCCUGAGGUAGAAGCGUCGUCCGUCCCAGAAUCCAACAUCGAGACGUCUGCCUCUCCUGAGCCUGGGGUGGGGCUGUCUGCUGCCCCUGAGGCCAGCGGAAUUGCUUCUGGGUCUCCUGAUCUGAGUGGAGCCACCUCUGCCUUCCAUGAAACUGAUGUGGAGGGAUCCUCGGGCCUGGGAGUGAGCGGUAGCACCUCAGCCUUUCAGGAGGUCCCCAGGCCGGGCUCAGCCACCCCAGAAGUGAGUGGUGAGUCAACCAUCACCUAUGAUGUGGGCACAGAGGCACCAGGCUGGCCUUCAGCUACUCCCUUGGCUUCUAGAGACAGGACUGAAGUCAGCGGAGACCUGUUUGGUCACACCUCUGGGCUGGAAACUGUCACCAGUACUAGUGUCCCAGAGUCUGAGUGGACCCAGCGCCCCGCAGAGGCGCACCUGGAAAUUGAGUCCUCAAGCCCCUUGCAUUCAGGAGAAGAGGACCAAACAGCCAAAACAGCCACCAACCCACCAGAUGCUUCCAUCCCAUCUUCUCCAGAAGAGACAGAGAGAUCAGAGGCAACCACUGCAGACAUUGAUGAGUGCCUCUCAAGCCCUUGUCUGAAUGGAGCCACCUGCUUGGACGCCAUCGACUCUUUCACAUGCUUAUGCCUUCCCAGCUACCGAGGGGACCUGUGUGAGAUUGGUAAUGCUCAAGACUACCAGUGGAUUGGCCUGAAUGACAGGACCAUUGAAGGGGACUUCCGCUGGUCAGAUGGACACACCUUGCAAUUUGAGAAAUGGCGCCCCAGGCAGCCUGACAACUUCUUCACUGCUGGAGAGGACUGCGUGGUGAUGAUCUGGCAUGAAAAGGGAGAGUGGAAUGACGUCCCCUGCAAUUACCUCCUGCCCUUCACGUGUAAAAAGGGCACAGUGGCCUGCGGAGACCCCCCCGCGGUGGAGCACGCCAGGCCCUUUGGGCAGAAAAAGGACCGGUACGAGAUCAGUUCCCUGGUGCGGUACCAGUGCAAUGAGGGCUUUGUCCAGCGCCACGUGCCCACCAUCCGGUGCCUGCCCAGCGGGCACUGGGAGGAGCCUCGGAUCACCUGCACAGACCCCUCUGCCUACAAGCGCAGACUACAGAAGCGGAGCGGGCGGCCUCGGCGGCGGAGCCGGCCCGGCACGGCCCACUGAGAGGAAGCCCCAGACGCGGCCGGGAUGCGGAGCCCCGGAGGCUUGCCAGGCUGACAGCCCACACAGAUGGUGCCCUCUUCUUGCCGCUUUCUGUCAUAUAAGGAAUUCCAUUAAAGAAGGAAAAAAAAAAAGCCCCACAUUGUGUAUGCACCCACCCACCCCCGAACCGCCAGAACUGCAUCCGAUCGCCACCCCCAAAUGCCAAAGCAAAGCAAACGUGUUGUAACCCACGGACUGCGUUUAGAGACGCUUCUUCAGUCUCCUGAUGUGCC